AUGGAAAACCAAAUUGUGCCCACUUUGGCUACCGACCAUAAGAGGAAGGAGGUCAUUAAAUAUGUGCAACGUCUCAUUAGGAAACGUGUGAGAUGUGAGGUACGCGCUGAAUUCGCUUUGCUUUCUGUUUAUCAAGCAAUUUUAUCAUCUGGAUUUGUGCUUAUUUUGCAGGUCUUCCCAUAUGGAUCAGUUCCACUAAAAACAUAUCUUCCUGAUGGAGAUAUUGAUUUGACUACCCUUAGUUGUCCAAGUGUUGAGGAUGCCUGGGUAUCUGAUGUUCAUGCUGUUCUGAGGGAAGAAGAACAUAAUGAAGCUUCUCGGUUUGAAGUGAAGAAUAUCCAUUGCAUUGAUGCUGAGGUUAAGCGUGUGAAAUGCAUUGUACAGAAUAUCGUGGUAGAUAUAUCGUUCAAUCAGUUAGGAGGACUUUGUACGCUUUGUUUUCUUGAACAGGUUGAUCGCCUUGUUGGUAAAGAUCAUCUCUUUAAGCGCAGCAUUAUUCUGAUAAAAGCUUGGUGCUAUUAUGAAAGUCGUAUUCUUGGUGCCCAUCAUGGUUUGCUUUCAACCUAUGCUUUGGAGACAUUGGUCCUUUAUAUUUUCCAUCAAUUUCAUUCUUCCCUAAAUGCACCUUUAGCAGUUCUUUACAGAUUUUUAGAUUACUUCAGCAGAUUUGAUUGGGAAAGUUAUUGUAUUAGUUUAAGUGGACCAGUUUGUAAAUCUUCUCUACCUGAUAUUGUAGCUGAGGUACAAGAAAAUGGGGGAGAUGAUCUAUUGCUAAGUGAAGAAUUUCUCAGAAACUGUGCCGAGAUGUUCUGA